UUCGUUUAAAAAAAUGAACCAUGUGGAGGCAUUCUCGGAGUGCGCUUGCGCGUCAGUUUCAAUCAGACCGCUGCAAAGAUGGCUGCGUUGCGGGUUGUGGCGGUGUCGGGGAGCGGGAGAGCCCUCCUCGCCGCACCGAAGGCUCUGCGCGCCCCCCAGGCUAACUUGUCCUUUGCCAGCCUGCCAAUUAAGAAGAAGGUUGCCUUGACGACUUUGGGUGUGGUCACAGCUGGUGGUGCGAGCCUGGCCUUGAUGCUGCACCAGUCUGUGAAGGCCUCGGACUUGGAGCUCCAUCCCCCAAACUACCCCUGGAGCCACGCCGGACCUCUGUCUGCGCUGGACCAUGCUAGCAUCCGUCGUGGGUACCAGGUGUACAAGCAGGUGUGCUCGGCCUGCCACAGCAUGGAGUACUUGGCCUUCAGAAACCUGGUCGGGGUGUCGCACACAGAGGACGAGAUGAAGGCCAUAGCUGAGGAGGUUGAAGUGGUGGAUGGUCCUGAUGAGAACGGCGAGAUGUUCACCCGUCCAGGAAAGCUGUCGGACUAUUUCCCAAAGCCCUACGCCAACCCCGAGGCAGCACGUGCAGCCAACAACGGGGCGCUCCCUCCAGACCUCAGCUACAUAGUCAAUGCCAGACAUGGUGGUGAGGACUAUGUGUUCAGCCUCCUCACGGGCUACUGCGACCCGCCUGCAGGGGUCACCGUCCGGGAAGGACUCUACUACAACCCCUAUUUCCCUGGCCAGGCUAUAGGCAUGGCCCCGCCCAUCUACAACGAGAUUCUGGAGUACGAUGACGGUACUCCUGCCACCAUGAGUCAGGUGGCUAAAGAUGUUUGCACCUUCCUGAGAUGGGCCGCCGAGCCGGAGCACGACCAGCGGAAGCGCAUGGGGCUGAAGCUCCUGAUGGGCUCGGCCAUCCUCGUUCCUCUGCUCUACUACAUGAAGAGACACAGAUGGUCUGUCCUGAAGAGCCGCAAGAUUGCCUACAGGCCCCCCAAGUAAAGGAGCCCCGGUCUGGGGGCGUUCAAUAACCCCACAGGGCUCUCCUCCAGAAGAUCCUGACUUCACUCCCAUGCCUCUGUGGGGGCGGGGCCCUGACUCCUGUGCUCAUGGUGGCGUGCAGCUUGAGCCUUGUGGUGAUGUUGAACGUUCUGCGCUGAAGCUUUGAUGCUGGAAGUUUAUUGACUUGCUCUCUUUGUAAUAUAAUCAUCUGUUUUCGGAAACAUCUGGAGUGUGCAGCGUCUGUCCACAGAGCAUGACCUAACCUCUGUUUUACUGUACAAAAUAAAUUAUCUGAAAGGAAA